UUACGCACAAAACAAUGGCGUAUGGAGUCGAAGAUUAUUGAAAAAAUUUUUUUUUCACGAUGACGCCUAUGUACUUACAAUCAGUAAUUGAGCAAUGAACAUAUGUGCGUCUAAUACGCAUCCAUGAUGUCCACGUGUAGUAGUUAACCUUUAUUAACCGCCAAAAAGUCCAAAGCACUGUAAUUCUACAAAGCACUUCAAAACAAACGCUGCUGUUUUUUUCGUCGGUAUUUUAAUGUAAGGAGUAAGAAAUGACGAGCAAUUGCGAUUUGAUAAAAACGAUUGAGGAUGAUCAGGAGGUGCCAGAUUAUUCCGAGAAUUCAGAUGAGGAAGACGACUUUCAACCACGGAAGCAGAAGAAAAAAGAGAACAAAGAUUUUGACAAGGGUUUCCAAUUUACUUCAGCUGAACACAGUCUGGAUCCUUGGAAUGACCUGAAUAAGUAUAUUAAACGCAAACCAAACACAAAAUUAGAUGAUAAAAUAAAAAAAGUCAGAAAGGAAUAUGGGCAGACUGGAACUGAAGAUGACCCUAUUAAAAUUGAACCAGGAAUAGAUCAGGAUGAUGAUGUAAUUUCUCUAUCUGAAGAUGAGCUUAAAAAAGAUAUCUUUAAAACUAAGGAAAAGAAAAGCAAAAUAAAAAAUAUGAAAGAAAAGGAUGAAGUUGUCGAUUUUGAGGAAUAUACAGAUUCUCAAACAUAUACUACAUUUUAUCAAAUGAACUUGUCGAGACCUUUACUGAAGGCUAUAACAACGAUGAAUUUUGUACAACCAACUCCCAUACAAGCUGCUACUAUUCCUGCAGCUUUAAUGGGUCGUGAUAUUUGUGGUUGUGCGGCAACAGGUACAGGGAAGACUGCGGCUUAUAUGCUUCCCAUUUUGGAAAGAUUAUUGUAUAGACCAUUGGACGGUCCCUCUAUUUCGCGUGUUCUCGUACUUGUGCCUACUAGAGAACUGGGAGUGCAAGUUUAUCAAGUGGCAAAACAAUUAGCUCAGUUUACAACGAUAGAGAUUGGUUUAUCUGUUGGUGGAUUGGAUGUGAAAAUACAGGAAGGCGUACUGAGAAAAAAUCCAGAUAUUGUAAUAGCAACACCUGGACGAUUAAUUGAUCACUUAAGAAAUGCACCUACCUUUUCCUUGGAUAGUAUAGAAGUAUUAAUUCUAGAUGAAGCUGAUAGAAUGUUAGAUGAAUAUUUUGCUGAACAAAUGAAAUAUAUCGUAAAGCAAUGCUCAAGAACCAGACAGACUAUCCUCUUUUCUGCUACCAUGACUGAAGAAGUCGAAGAUUUAGCUGCAGUAUCUCUUGACAAACCUAUUAAAAUAUUUGUGGAUAGCAAUCAAGAUGUAGCUUUCAAUCUACGUCAAGAAUUUAUUCGUAUACGUAAGGAAAGAGAGGGAGAUCGCGAAGCAAUCCUAGCAGCACUAGUUUGUCGAACUUUCCAUGAUCAUACCAUGGUUUUUUUGCAAACGAAAAAACAAGCUCAUAGAUUGCAUAUUUUAUUAGGAUUAUUAGGUGUAAAAGUUGGAGAACUUCAUGGUAAUCUCACACAACCGCAACGUUUGGAAAAUCUUCGAAAAUUUAAAGACGAGGAAAUUGACAUCUUGUUAGCGACUGAUGUUGCUGCAAGAGGUUUAGAUAUAAGUGGUGUAAAGACUGUGAUUAAUUUCGUGAUGCCUGCUACUCUUCAACAUUAUAUACACAGAGUAGGGAGAACUGCAAGAGCAGGGCGUGGAGGUGUUUCUGUAUCGCUAGCAGGAGAACAGGAACGUACUUUGGUAAAAAAAAUUAUCAAACAAGCAAAAAAUCCAGUCAAGAACAGGAUAAUAGCGCCUGACAUAAUAGAGAAAUAUAAUAAGAAAUUGGAAUCUUUAGAAUCAGAUGUGCAAAAAAUUUUACAAGAGGAAAAGAGUGAAAAAGAAUUAGCUAAAGUAGAGAAUGAAGCUAAUCGUAUUGAGAAGAUACUUAAAGUUGAAGAUGGUAAGGAACAAAGAAGUUGGUUCCAAUCCAAAAAAGAAAGAAAGAAAGAGAAAGACAAUCUUCGAUUAACUAAGAAACAAGUUGGCAAGAACAAAAAGCAUGAAAAAGAGCCUUUUAAUAUAGUACAAGAAAAAAAGAAGAAAGCACAAAAUGAACCUCAAAAGGAUACAGCCGAGGAUAGAGCUAAGAAAGAAUUAGAAAAAAUAGCCGCUUAUCAAGCGCGAUUAGCCAAAAAAAGUAAUAGACAGAAGAAGAUUAGAACGAUUACGGAUGAAAACGUGAUGAAUCGUGAUUUUGCUAAAAAAAGACCAUUGAAACGACCAAAAUCAUCAUUCGCUGCUGAUUUAACAGAUACGAGCAAAAAGGGUGUUAAAAGAAUGCGAUAUGAGGCAAAUAAGAAAAAAGAAGUUAAGAAAAAA